AUGACUGAGGAGAAAGUGAUCGAACAAACUGAAGAAGUCGUCCCACCACUUCCCACCACCGCGCCUCCAUCUGAUGAAUCGAUGGUGGAAGCCAAAACCGAGGAAGAGCCAAAGGUAGAAGAGGUGAAAGUUGAAGAACCACCAGCAAGCAUUCACGAUGAACCGAUGAAAUGGCUCACACAACAGAUCCCGCCAGCUGUUCAUAAGGUCAACUACCUCGUUCUUCAAUGGCUUCAAUCGAUUGUUGAGGAAGAUCCUGAGAAGCGACAACCGAUCCCUGGAAAGAACGAGGCAACCACGAAGAAUCAAUUCAUCAACUUUUUAAAGGAUGGACAACUCUUGGCUUCAUUCGCUAACAAACUUUCCCCUGGUGCCAUUGAGACGAUUCAUGAGGGAGAGGCGCUUAAAUCAAAGGAGAAUCAAAAAGCAAACGCGCAAGGAUUCAUCGAUUGGGCAAAGACGAUUCUUCCAGAAGAUCAGGUGAUGAGUACGGAGGAUUUGCAAGAGAAGGGAAAACAAGGAUAUUCAGCUAUCAUGAAUACGAUCUGGAAAAUUGCCACAAAUGCUAAGGAGAAAUUCGAGAAGGAGAACAUCAACACUGAGCAAGUACUUGAAUCAGCUGGACUUGCUGUGAAGACAUCGAUCAUUCAAACAAUUCUCAACUUUUUCAAGCGAGCUCGUCCACAAACUACUCAGUCUGCAAAGCAAGCUGCCAUGGAGCAAGAGGAAAAAGAACGAGCUGAGAAGAGCAAGGAGAUCGAAGAAGAGAAUAAAAUCGCUGAGACAACCACCUCAACUCCAGCAGUUGUUCCAGCCAAC